CAGGGAUCUGACCCAAACUUCUACUUCUGCUUCGAUUUAUUUGACUCUGAAACCAUCAGGUGGACCUGGAAACUGAACUGACUUGUCAUCACACAUCCCUAACUUUCUCCAUAACCUGGACUUUGAUCAGGAGGGAAGAACCUGACAUUCCUGAAAAUGGCAGCUGAGAAGUCCACAGAAGUUCGAAAAGCUGCUAGACAAUUCGUCCUUAAAGAAGAGGUAAUUGCAGAAAGGAAAUGGUUGAAAUUUGAAGAAACAACUUACACUGAUCCCUUUGGUAAAACCAGAACGUGGGAAACUGUAAAGCGUACUGGCAACAAAAAGGGGAUCUCAGCUGAUGGUGUUGCAGUGAUAGCGGUACUACAGAGAACUCUCCACUACGACUGCAUUGUCCUCGUGAAACAGUUCAGGCCCCCAAUUAAUGGCUAUUGCUUGGAAUUUCCUGCAGGCCUCAUUGAGGAAAAUGAGACUGCAGAAAGCGCUGCAUUGCGAGAGCUGGAGGAAGAAACAGGGUACAAGGGGGAGGUCACUGAAUGUACUCCAGCUCUCUGCUUGGACCCAGGUUUGUCAAACAGCACCACACACAUUGUGAGCGUCACCAUUAAUGGGGAUGAGGCUAAGAACACAAGACCUAAGCAAAAACUGGAUGAUGGAGGUAUGUUGGGUAACUGCUCCCACUGACAGCAAGGUUGAGAGUGAGCUACAUAUGGCAAGUUUUAUGGAGAACGUCAGUUAAAACUGGUUCUUAUUUGGGCUUUGUUAUCUCCUGGCCCUAAUAAAACAUGAAUGAGACUGACUUUGGCCUAGACAUGGAACAUUAUUGCAUCAGUUCUCUCAAGCAUUGCACCUAAAGCACCAGUAUCUCAGAACAUACAAAUGACUAAAUCCACAGUAGGUGUAGAUGAAGCCCCAAAGACAAUGAAUUCAGGUGGACAGGGGAGGUGUAAGUCAACGCAUAUUUAUCAAGAGCAAAAUCUUUGUGCUGUUUUAGUCUUCAAAUGCAUCUAUAAUCCAUUACUGUACCUGUAUAAAUCAAACGAGUCCAUUUCAGUGUAUUUUCCAUUUCUAGAAGGGAGAAGGUCUUGUUUUGGAAGGGUUCUGACCCCCCAUGGCUGUCAGCUGCACUGUUUUUCCCAGUUUCUUUCUGUCUGACCUGUUUUUUAAUGACCCCAGUCCCGGACUUCCCGCAUUUAAUUGGCCUUUUGGCGAUAUGUGUGCAGGCUCAGCAGCUUUUGGAUGACAAUGAGCAUUAAGUCAGUUGUUUUUCCCCUUUUAAACGGUAAGAAACAGGACACUGAGGUAACUUCCUUUACUGUUUGCAG